AUGAUGAAAUAUAUGCGCACGAUUGAAUUCUACUAUCCAAACAUCACAAAAAUUGUUCGUUUGGGUACUACACAUGAAGGUAGACCAAUUGAAGGCAUGAAGAUCGGCUAUCCGAUAACCGCGACGGAUAAGAGAGCGAUCUGGGUAGACGGUAAUAUUCAUGCAAGAGAAUGGGCAAGUAGUCAUACGGCACUAUAUUUCAUCAAUCAGCUUGUCUCUGGUUACGGUAAGGACGACACGAUUACGCACUAUGUGAACAGCCUAAAUUUCUAUGUACUGCCAUGUUUGAAUCCGGAUGGCUACGAAUACACCAGAUCGUCACCGAAUCCAAGUGUCCGCCUAUGGCGUAAGAAUCGCUCGCCGGAGAGAUGUAAUCGUUCACUAUGGGGUGGAGAGAAGUGCUGCCAGGGUGUUGACUUGAAUCGCAAUUUCAAAUUUCAUUGGGCUGAAUCCGGCUCGUCUUUUGAACCAUGCUCCAACAUUUAUCAUGGAGACCACGUCUUCAGUGAGCCAGAAUCACGUGCCGUUCGUGACUACUUGAAUUCGGACGAGUUACGCGGAAAAGUCGACGGUUUCAUCACUCUUCAUUCAUAUGCACAACUGUGGAUUUAUCCAUACAGCCAUGCCCAACAGAACUAUCCAGAAGAUAUCAGUGAAUUGCGACGAACCGCCCGUCGAGCCAUCAACCGGCUGCAUCGUCAAUAUGGCACGGAGUAUCGCAUGGGAACAGGAGCUGAUACGUUGUCACCGGCUUCUGGCGGUUCGGACGACUGGGCAAAAUCCAACGGAAUCAAAUACGUCUACUUGGUGGAACUGAGACCAGAAUAUGAGCGUACGGUGUCGAACGGGUUCAUCCUUCACAAAAAGGAGCUGAUUCCGACUGCAGUUGAAACGUUCGAAGGCGUUAAGGUGAGUUUAUUGCCCUCAAGUCUACUCGUCCCAUUAGGGGCGGAGAGAUACACGACCCUUCCCGAAUAUUAG